AUGCCCCCGCCGCACCUCUCUGAUUCAGAGGGACACAGGCACAUACAAGGUGACAUAGAGAAGGUGCUGGCAGCUGUUAUUAAUGCAGGUGACAUAGAGAAGGUGCUGGCAGCUGUUAUUAAUGCAGGUGACAUAGAGAAGGUGCUGGCAGCUGUUAUUAGUGCAGGUGACAUAGAGAAGGUGUUGGCAGCUGUUAUUAAUACAGGUGACAUAGAGAAGGUGCUGGCAGCUGUUAUUAAUACAGGUGACAUAGAGAAGGUGCUGUCAGCUGUUAUUAAUACAGGUGACAUAGAGAAGGUGCUGGCAGCUGUUAUUAAUACAGGUGACAUAGAGAAGGUGCUGUCAGCUGUUAUUAAUACAGGUGACAUAGAGAAGGUGCUGGCAGCUGUUAUUAAUGCAGGUGACAUAGAGAAGGUGCUGGCAGCUGUUAUUAAUACAGGUGACAUAGAGAAGGUGCUGGCAGCUGUUAUUAAUGCAGGUGACAUAGAGAAGGUGCUGGCAGCUGUUAUUAAUACAGGUGACAUAGAGAAGGUGUUGGCAGCUGUUAUUAAUACAGGUGACAUAGAGAAGGUGUUGGCAGCUGUUAUUAAUACAGGUGACAUAGAGAAGGUGCUGGCAGCUGUUAUUAAUACAGGUGACAUAGAGAAGGUGUUGGCAGCUGUUAUUAAUACAGGUGACAUAGAGAAGGUGCUGGCAGCUGUUAUUAAUACAGGUGACAUAGAGAAGGUGCUGUCAGCUGUUAUUAAUGCAGGUGACAUAGAGAAGGUGCUGGCAGCUGUUAUUAAUGCAGGUGACAUAGAGAAGGUGCUGGCAGCUGUUAUUAAUACAGGUGACAUAGAGAAGGUGUUGGCAGCUGUUAUUAAUACAGGUGACAUAGAGAAGGUGUUGGCAGCUGUUAUUAAUACAGGUGACAUAGAGAAGGUGCUGGCAGCUGUUAUUAAUACAGGUGACAUAGAGAAGGUGUUGGCAGCUGUUAUUAAUACAGGUGACAUAGAGAAGGUGCUGGCAGCUGUUAUUAAUACAGGUGACAUAGAGAAGGUGCUGUCAGCUGUUAUUAAUGCAGGUGACAUAGAGAAGGUGUUGGCAGCUGUUAUUAAUACAGGUGACAUAGAGAAGGUGCUGGCAGCUGUUAUUAAUGCAGGUGACAUAGAGAAGGUGUUGGCAGCUGUUAUUAAUACAGGUGACAUAGAGAAGGUGCUGGCAGCUGUUAUUAAUACAGGUGACAUAGAGAAGGUGUUGGCAGCUGUUAUUAAUACAGGUGACAUAGAGAAGGUGCUGGCAGCUGUUAUUAAUGCAGGUGACAUAGAGAAGGUGCUGGCAGCUGUAUUAAUGUCAGGUGACACACAAAGAAGGUGCUGUAGUGUGUGA